CCUCAUUCAAGAGUACCAUGACUUUUUCCCAUCGCCGUUCUCGUACGCCGGCAUCCCACCGAUGCAUGAUGUCGAACACUCCAUUCAGCUUGUGCCUGACUAUCGUGUUCACCACCAGGCACCCUACAGACUCUCGAUCCCCGAGGCCGCUGAACUCAAGCAUCAGCUUGAGGAGCUCCUGAGACUGGGUUUCAUUAAACCCAACAAAUCCUCGUGGGGUGCACCCGUCCUCUUUGCUCGCAAAGCAGAUGAAACUCCCCGUCUCUGCAUAGACUAUCAAGGUCUCAACCACUACAUGGUUAAGAACAACUACCCCAUGCCUCGUUCCAACGAGCUGUUCAACCACCUAGUGGGCAACCGCUUCUUUGCGAAGAUUGAUCUUCGUAGCGGUUACCAUCAGAUCUGCGUCGCUACAGCGGACCAGCCGAAGACAGCGUUCCGAUCACACUUUGGUCACUAUGAGUUUACGGUGAUGCCAUUCUGCCUCACCAACGCACCCGCUACCUUCCAAAGGGCGAUGAACGACAUCUUCCGAGUCAGGGACAUCCUGGAGCAGUACGUUCUCGUCUACCUCGACGAUAUCCUGAUCUACAGUCGUACCCUUGAGGAGCACCUCAGACACCUCUACGACGUCCUUGACCGCUUGCGCAGACAUGACUUCUACGCCAAGCUGAGCAAGUGCCGCUUUGCCCAACACAAAGUGGAUUUCUUAGGACACUACGUGUCUGACCAGGGUCUCGACAUGGACGACGUGAAGACCACUGCUAUUGCGGAGUCUGGAACGACGAGGGGUGCAACAGCAGCAGACCGAGGAAAGGGCAAAGGUAGAAGCACCUCCAGUACACCUGCGUCGACGGUGACCUUCAAAGACCCCACACCGGCAACGGACCCGUCACUGUUCGUUCCACAGGACGAGACGAGGCAGGUCAAGCUGCAGAAGGAAAAAACGGCGUGGAAGUACGCGGAACAGGGACAGGAGGUUGGGCCGAAUGCACGAGGCGAGUAUUGGGUGAAGUGUCGGUUAUGCUCGCAGAUUUGGAGGGGCACAAGCACAAGGGCGAUCGAGCAUUACCUGAAGCCGCAGAAGCCAUGUCCGUUGAGAACAGGGGAGAUUGUCAAUGAGCUCGUCACUGGCGGGGGGAAAGUGCACUCGGGCGACAAGAAUACACGGUACCUCCUAAAAAAUUACAGGCAGCUGCAUGGAAUUCCGGAGGGGGGGGGUCGUUGCAACGGAGACAGCCGAGGGGUUCGCUUCGGGUCUGUCUACCAAAUGUUGGAGAGGAUUCGCGAUAGGAGGGCAAUGUUGAAGGACAUGGUUGAUGGACGAAAUGCAGGAAAGUGGAAGGCGAUUCGGUGGUCUACAGCGAAGUUGAAGGCCAGAGCGGAUUUGGUGUACUUCACUUUGCGGAAUGACAUUUGGUGGAUGGAGUUGCACAAGGUGACUGAGGUGAUGGAGCCCGUGUACAACCUUUUGAGGCGGAUGGAUAAGGAUGGGACUUCUCCCACAAACCUCGUAGAGUAUGACGACCUCAUAGAGAGGAAGUUCGCGCACAUCGUUCUAACGGCGGGGGAGCGGGCGAGCAUAAUGGACAGAGUCAAAGAUCGCAUCAAGAUGAUGCGGCAGCCCGUCCAUGCAUUGGCAUUUCUUCUGGACCCAUACAGGAGAGAGCCGAGGUGGCUGCACGAUCAAGACAACGCGCUUAUGCAGAAUGCGAUGCGUUUCCUUUCGAGGCAGAUCGGAGGUGCUUGGAAAGGGCCGGAGCAUGUUGAGAUUUGGGGUGACCUGGCCGAGUUCCACUCCAAGCCCACAAGGAACGGCCCAAAGAGGAAGAACACAAAGAUGUGGGACCCCACAACGAAGGCAGAUGUUGAGAGGAAGACACCGUCAGAGUGGUGGGCAGCACAUGGUGGCGAUGUGCCCGAAUUGCAGAAGAUUGCGAUCAAGGUUAUGGGCAUGUGGAGCACCGCAUCACCGGCGGAGAGGAAUUGGGCUUCCAUGGACUUCGUCCGCUCCAAACGAAGGAACAGCUUGGCGCCGGAGAGCUUGGAGAAGCUCGUCUACAUCCACUGGAACAUGCAGCUGUUGCGUCUUCCGGAGACUAAGGACGGGGGCUAUGUGGAUUUGUGGAGUUCGUUCGUCGAGCCCAUCCCGGAGCCUGCAGAGGACGACGGAUCAUUGUUGAAGGGGCCCGAGGACGAGGACGAGGCCGAGAAGACAGAGGAGGAGCUUGUUCGGGAAAGGAGGCUCGUGAAGACUCCAAAGGGAAGGAUUCCAAAGAAUCUCCAGGACGUUGAGGAAGAGCACACGGACGAUAUCCCGAGCACAACGUAUGUAGGAAGGAGGCGAACUGGACGACAGCGUAGAGAGGAGCCGCGCCCGACAGCAACACUGGCCACAGCAGGGGGAACAGGACAGUACGAUCCGCAGCUCGACGUCAACUUUGCACAGCCAGUUACGGACCUUGAGAUGUUGCUGCAAACCGGGGUUGAUGAAGAUGAAGAGGAUGCCAACCGUGCCAAGGCUAUGGUUGACAGGGACAGCGACCUAGUCCGAAAACGGAUGAUGGAGGAGGAGGCCCGCCAUGCAGCUGUCCCAAACCGCAGAGAGAUUGAGAGAGGCCAGAAAAAUGCCUUGGAGCAUCAACAACAUAUGGAUCGGGCUUUGGGGGUCGUGGAAGAGGUAGAAGAGGAAGAAGAGGAGGAGCAACAGCAACCAGAGAAGGGAGAGGAGAUGGAGCGACAAGAAGAGGGGGACAACGUGAUGCAACGAGAGGAGGGAGAGGACAUGGAGCAGCAAGAAGAGGGCGAAGACGUGAUGCAACGAGAGGAGGGAGAGGACAUGGAGCAGCAAGAAGAGGGCGAAGACGUGGUGCAACUGCAUGAGGAAGAGGAGAUGGAGCAGCAAGAAGCGAUCGAAGACGUGGUGCAACCGCAUGAGGAAGAGGAGAUGGAGCAGCAAGAAGAGGGGGAGGGCAUGGUGCAGCAGGAGGUGCAGCAUGACGUGCUUGGAAAGGCCCACGAAGACAAGCCCCAGUCCACAGCAACAGCUGUGUACACACGCAGGCCACGACCAGCGGACUCUCCGGAAUCAGUGAUUGCUCUGCUGGCACUGCCUCUUCUCAACGUUGCCAUUUUGAUGAUGAUGCUAGUGGGGAAGCGUAUCUGGUCACAGGAUUAUAAUGUCCGAUUGGAUAAACCUGAAGAUGACGUGGCCCCGGUGGAAAAGACCAGCUCGACCAGAUCACACAGGGUAGAAACACAUCGGGUUGAGUUUGAAACUGUCUGGAACAACUUCCUAGAGAAGUCAGCUAAAGAUGUUGACCAACAUGUGCAAACAUACAUCAGGGCCUUGGACGGACAUGUCACUAAGACCUUCACGCCGGAGGUUACAGAGAAAAUUGUUAAGGGAGCUGGAGGCGGCGGAGGAGAUGGUGAUGACGACGGCGAUGAUGACAAGAAGGGGAAAAGAGAUGGGGAUUCAAAAGGAAAGCUUCCACAAGAAACAGGGCAGGUUAGUAAGAUUAAACUCAAACUGCCGUGGACCUACAAUGGAAAGAAGGAAGAAAGUGUUUUGCAUUGGGCGGCAACAAUCGAAACGUAUGUGUAUGGACAACGAAUUCCAUACUGGGACAGGGUGUUAAUGGCCACUUCAUGCAUGGGAGGCGACGCCAUGAGCUUCGCCAUCUCGCUGCAAAAAGAGGCGGGAUGCAGCUUGAUGGUAGAGUUUUCACAACAAACACGAAUUGAAGAUUUCCUUAGAGCAAUUAGAGAGAGAUUUGAGGACAAGAAUUUAGCACGUCGCACAGAGAUGCUAAUCCUCAACCUCCCUGACAGAAAAUGGAAGAGCACCUCUGCCCUGAAAGCAACUAUGGAUGAGUUAUUGCAAUGCCCUGACCAUGGGUUGACACCUGCUCAAAUAUUGAACAGUUUUGCACGAGCACUCCCUGAUUCCCUAAGGACACAACUUUAUCCCCGCGUCAAAGAAGAAGGAAUAACGUAUGAGAAGUUCGGCAAGAUCGCAAUAGAUCACGCCGGCUUCCUCGCUGAAGCGAACUAUUGCCAUUAUUGGAAGGAUCUGCAAGCGGGAAAGAAAUGGCAAAACCGCACUAUCUCAGGGUCUAUACCCGGGAAAGAUAGUCUCCUUAUAACCUUUGAGGAGGGAGGCGCCGAGACUAUUUCUUGGGAUCAAGUAGAUUAUGGUAUCGAUGAACGCAGCGGACCGGUAGCUCAGGAGGGGAGUUACACGACCGUUGUAGCCCGCGGGGGAGGGCGUCAAGGAAGAGGGCGUGGCCGAGGAAGAGGUCGCGGUUGUGGUGGACGAGGAUUCGGCACCCAGAGGGGUGGCGGUGAAGGAAGCCACUACGUGGGAGGAAGGGGAAAUGGUCCCUCACAAGGUGGUCGUGGUUCUUACUCCACCUGGGGUAGAGGAAGGGGCACUUGGUGGGCAUCUGGGGAGACUUACGAGAGCGACACGUCAUCCUUCGACAUUGGCAGGGCUACUGGACUGCUGGCCAUCCACGACGUCACCUCGGCAUUGUUGAAGGUGUACCCGGCCACGAUCAAGUGGCCGACGGGGCGGAGACGUGUGCAGAUUAUGCGCGCUUUCCGGGAGAAGGGUUUCCCGAACUGCUAUGGUGCAAUCAACUACACGCACAUCCAUAUCGACAAGCCCGCCGACGCGGCGUCAGAUAACUACUAUGACCACAAACAAAAGUUUUCAGUCCAAGCCCAGGUGGUCGUGGAUUUGGACUUGCGUAUCCUGAACGUCCAUGUCGGAUACCCAGGCAGUGUGCAUGACGUCCGUGUCUUGCACAACUCCCAUUUGUGGAGGCGCGCAGAAAGUGGGGAGUUGUUCGACGCCCCGCCGAAGAAUCUACUGCACCCCGUCGUCAUGCUAGGUUACCUUCUCGGCGACAACGGCUAACCCGUUGCCUGUCCAUGGAUCGUGCAUCCGUACGGAGGAAUCGACCAACCUCUUGACGAG